CACGGACUAUAAGAAGGCAGUCACAAUGCAGGGCAAGGACACAUCGUGUUUUGCUGCUGGAGGCAAUAGAGGGAAUCCAGAAAUACUUAAAAGUAUAUUUCUCUAAAACCUUCUACACCAUAAAGACAUUUUGCAUGCAACUGUGUGUACAGUGAAAUGCUGCUCAGCAGCAAGCAAAGCGAAAGGGAUUAGCUUCAAGGCUUUUGAUCUCUUUACUAUCUGUGUAGAAGAAACAAUCAGGAUGGCUUCUUCAAGCAAAAGAAAUUCUGAAGUGAGAACUCAAAAUACAUUUUGCCCUGAAGAUGGAGUCUGCAAGCAAGGAUUCCUCAUCAAAUCACCACCUCUUCAACUUUUUGGCUCACAGAAUUCAUGGAAAAGACGUUUUUUCAUCCUGUCCAAAUCCAGCAAGGGCAAUUACAUCCUGAAGUAUCUAAAAGGCCAGAACAUCAAAGGCUCCAUAGCUGUUGAUCAAAUCAUAAAUGUCGAAGUUGGCAUAAGCAACUCUGAUAUUAUGGAAAUGGUGAGGAAGAUGUUUAAAUGCCUUCCUGAACAGGUGAUGUCCAUCAGUACUGGAAACAGAUGUUACUACCUCAUUGGGAGCAGCAGGCAGGAAACAGAGGACUGGGUUGAUGUGUUAUCUUCAGUCUACAGGGAGGCCAGAAGAGGUGGAUUCUACCCCGAGAACCAAGAUCUUCCAAAUCCAGAAGUCAGAAGCCGGCCCUCCUCUUUGCCACUAUUCUUGAAUUCUGUAGGUACAACCAGUUUCUCGGAAAGGCAAAGCUACCACGAGGAGAAUGGUUCUUCAGAAGACAAGAACAGGCCUAAUUCAGAUCCUGGCGUUCAUCAGGCUCAGUGUGACUCACCAAGAGGAGUUUGUCCAAGGCUGGAUAAGGAUCUUGGAAAAAGUGAGGAAAAGCUGCUGUCAUCAGACACAGAUGAAGACAUCAAAAAGGACGAAGAAGAUUAUUACCAAACUCCCACCAAUAUUUUAGCAAAGUGUGCUACUGAAGUAUCAAAGCCUGACCCUACAGCUGAGUCUGAUGUCCCUGUGGAGGAGAAGCCAGUGCAGAACCCAGUAAAGGAGAACAUUUAUAUGUCAAUGAAAUCACUUAAGUUGCUAGAUGAGAGCUGCCAGCUCAUGCAUAGAUGUGAUGGGCUCCCGUCUCCUCCCAAAUGCCAGGACAACAGUGCAUGUCCAAGAGACUUGGAAGCAAAUAGAGGCCUGAAAUUCCCAGAAAGCAGCACCAGCCAGCAGCCAGCCCUCCAGAGAAGGCAAAAUUCAUUACCACUUUCAGUGGUUCAGUUGUCUAUACUGCUCAGUCGAGUUACAGAUGAGACCCAACUGCAGGAAUUGGACAUUUUCAUCCCCCUGGCAGUAGUAAGUUACCUAAAACUUACUGAAGCAGCAGGACAAAUAUGUGUCUCACAGUGGACUGGUCCUUGCCAUCUGGGAUGUUUCUUUAAUCAUGGAGACCGUAUAGUGGCUGUGAAUGAUCUGCAACCCCAGGACGUGGAGGAGGCUUACUUCUUCAUCAGCAGGUCCACAAGAAAGGAGGUGAAACUUACUGUUUGUAGGAUUCCACAUUCAGAUAUCUUCCAUGUUAAAGGCUGCUCAUGUUCCUGAAAAAAGACCUCAAUGAUUAAUGGUGUUCAAAGGCUUGUUUGUGCUGAAUUCUUCAUAAAGACAGAGGGAAACCCCAGUUCUGAAACUACAGAGGCUGAAAAUGGAAGAAAAUUCAUACCUUGGGAGCUCUCCUCCAAAGCUGCUAUAGGACUCCUUUGCUUUGCACUGCCUCUUUGAGCAUAACAAAUCCAUUUCUGCCUAAGGAGUCUCCGAGGGAUGGGAUGGCCAGCUCGCACCAGGGCUGCUUCCAGCUGUGUAACUGUCAGUCUGCUAGGACAGUCCUCUAGGCCUGAACCCUAAAAUCACAGAUCAUCUAGUUUAAGAGUAUCCACUGAGGAUGUCACCCUCGACCUUUCCUGCUCAAGGUUUGCCUAAGCUCUUCUUCUGAACUUUAGAAACUGUGUUGUUCCAAGAUUCAUCUCUGUGUAAUUAGGAAGGGGUUUUUUUUCUAAUAUUUAUCCUAAAUGAUUUUUUCAGAAAAUGAACAUGUUUUUUUCUUGCCCUGUUCUCAGUUGGCAUGGAGAAUGCUCGAUUUCCACUGUCUCCAGAGAAAUCUUCAUUCUGGAAGGUUUUUUUUCUGUCUGUUCUCCCUUCUCUUUUUUUUUUUUUUUUUUUCCAAACAUCCUGCAUUCUUUCAACAUUCUUUCAAACAUUUCCUGAAAGUGGUCAUAUGUCACUGAACUGCAAGACAAAUACCGUAUGUUUCCAGUUAUGGGUGAACAAAGGAGGUGAGACAGCCGUAAAGCAAUUUCCUGGAACCUCACAGAGAAACCUUUCCAAAAAAGGGGUGAACUGGCGAAGAAGCUGUGAACCAUACGUGGUGGUGGGAGGAGAGCCACUGCCAUGGAAACCACACAUGGCAUUGCUGCUGAAGCAAGUGUUGAGCAACGCAUGCUGCACCUCUUGGCCAUGGAACAAUGUUACUUUUGGACCCAAAUAGGAUUUGGGAAGAUACAGCAUGCACAGGGUAAUUCCAGAAUAUUUCAGAAAACUGGAGGAUUACUUCUGUACUUCAGUAAACAAUUACUGAUGUGUUACCCCAUAACUGAUCAUUAUGUCAGUUUGCACAAUGAUAAAUGCAAAUAAUUAAUGUCACAUAUCGUCUGAUUCAUAACACUUAAAGAAAUACAAUAUGGAAAUGACAUCGGUAUAGUAAAUUCUGGUAGGGCAUGUGAAGUUGUCUGCCCAUAUAUAUAUAUAUAUAUAUAUAUAUAAA